AUGGCCACCAUCAAGUCCAAGUCGGUCGAUGCGGUGCUCGGCCUCUGCCACAAGGCCACGGUGCUGGGCAACAAAAUCUCGAUCCGCAUGAUCGAGUUCCUCAGCAGUGUUAAGCACCUUCCCAAUGGCUUCGACGACCUGGCCCGGGACUUUCUCGACAUGUGUCGGAUCAUGUGGUCCAUCGAGGCUGGCCUCGGUGAGUGCUCCCGUGGGCACCAGAAGUUCCCACGGGAAAUGAUCCAGGAGCUCGACAAGAAGUUCAAGACGACACAGGCCGACCUGCAAACUCUCGAUCAGUUGCUCGGCAGGUUCCUCGAGUACGAAAGACGCGGCACCGUUGGCAAGAUCCAAAGGGGUUGGCGCAACAUGUUCGCCGACAAUGACAUCAGCAAGAUGAGGGACUCGCUCAACAAGACGCGGGAGGCCCUGCGUAUGAGCGCCCUGGUCUUCGAGUGGUCGUUUGGUGACGAGAGGAUCGACGAGUCAGUUGGGUUUGGCUAUACGGGUCUCGUGGCAGCGUUGGAGCGCUUGUCACCAGGACGGCCCAUCUUGGAGACAAUAACUAGGAUGAAGACCAUCGGGGCACCCCCAUCCCCCGAUGAAGAAGAACCGCCCCAUCAUCACCAUCAUCAUCACCAUCAUCAUAACCACGAUCACGAUCAAGCCCUAUCUGUAGCUCCCUCUUUGACACCUAUCAUGCCAAUUGAGAAGAUCUCAGCAUCCGACUUUUCCUCCUUCCACGCGCGGGACCACGAGACUCUUCAAGUGACUCCGCCGGAACUGCGUCGUCACACGUCCAUUUCCAAUGCCACCAUGUCGUCUCAUGCCCUCAGUCACCGCAUCACCGCCAUCACCGCGGACGAACAUGGAUCGGGUGGCUCAACUGAGUCAGACACCGUUAUUGACGACGGGGACUCGUUUGAGACUGGACCUAACAAGGUGGUCCGCCUCAAGGCCGACCCGCAGACCAUGCCUCGCUGGACGCCCCGGAACACGGCCGGAGCCAAUACGCCCACGCUCAGGGCUGGUCUCAUUUCUGCUGUCCAACAGCGCAAUACAACCCAAGUUGAGCAUCUGCUUGACCGCGGCGUCUCUCCUGACACUGGCCCUGACGUCCAAGUCCUAAAGGAGGCCAUCCUCCGUCACGACAGUGAGACGGUGCGCCUUCUGCUGACUUUCGGCGCCGACCCCAACGUUCCCGACAAGCUGGGUGUGACGCCCCUCUUUGCUGCCGUUGAGGAGUCAUUCCUCGAUGGUGCCACGAUGCUGCUCAUGUACGGCGCCGACUCCAACCUGGCUGCCGGGUCCGAACCCGAGUCGCCCCUUGCCCUGUCCAUCAUUGAAGACAAAGUCAACUUCGCCCGCCUCUUACUCACCUACGGAGGCGACGCCAACCACGUCAUGACCAACGGCGAGACACUCUUGAUUAAAGCCAUUGCUACCAAACGAUCCAGGAAACUCAUUGAUCUCAUGCUUGACUAUGGCUCCGAGCCCAACGGCAAAAACCGGGAAGGCAAAACCCCCCUCUUCGAAGCCAUCACCUCCGGCCGCGUCGAUAUCGUCACCUCUCUGCUCGACCACGGCGCCAAUCCCAACCUGCCCGGACCAAAACAUAUGCUUUGGCCCUCGACCUACCAACCCGCCUGUCUCAAGGUCCUGCUGGCUCGGGGCGCGGACCCCAAGAAGACAUCCGGUAUCAUGGAGCUCGCGACUUCCAUCAACAACCUCGAAUCGGUGCACAUCCUGCUCAAAGCCGGCGUCGACCCCAACGCCAAGAAAGACGGAAUCUACACACCCCUCUGCACCUCUAUCCGCGAUAACCGCGCCGAUGUCUUCCAGUUGCUGCUCGCCAACGGGGCGGACCCCAACGAGCCCGCCUCGGAGUAUCCGGCUUUCAAGUGCGUGACGCAUUUACGGCCGCAGUUCCUGGCGCCCCUCGUCGCUGCGGGGGCGAACCUCAACUCGCCCAAGGGCAUCCUCGAGACCGCUGUCGUGCAUAACAAUGUCGAGGCACUCAAGUGGUUAUUGGAGAAUGGUGUGUCGCCCAACGACAAGGUACCUAAGACGGGGGCGACGCCGUUGACAUCCGCUAUAAGGGACAAUAAGCUCGAGUUGGUGGAUUUGUUGUUGUCACAUGGGGCUGAUCCUAACGUUCGUGGGCAAGAUUGGCCUGUAUGCAUGGCCGUCCGCCAACCCGCCAUCCUUAAGCGCCUGCUCCCCGCCCUGGCCGAGCCCCGCGCCUUCAAGGGCGUAAUGGAAAUGGCUGUCGUAGCCAACCAACUUGACAGCGUCAAGCUCUUGCUCGAAGCGGGCGUCAGUGUCGAAGACCGCAACGGCGGCGUCUUCUCCCCCCUCACGACCGCCAUCCGUGAGCGCCACAAGGGCAUCGUCAAAUACCUACUUAACGAAGGUGGCGCCGACCCCAACGCCCCAGGCGAGCACUUGCCCAUCGUCAAGGCUCUCCGCCGCAUGGAGGCCGGCGACAUGGAAAUUAUAGAGAUGCUGCUCUCCAAGGGCGCCGACCCGAAUAAAGUCUACCGCGGGCACAACGCCGUGAUUCAGGCAUUGGAGAAUGGGGACGCGACAGUGUUGAAGUUGCUUAUUGAUCGCUGUGGCGCGGAUCUAGAUGCUCAGGAUGAGACGGGACGGACGGUUAUAGAGAUAGCGGGCAGUAGGGGUUGGGAGGAGGCUACGAGUAUACUGCUUAGUGGGGGGAGGAAACGGUGA